AGCCCCGAGCUGCGGUGGCGCUGCGGGCAGAGGGUACUGUGCUUCGAGCGUCUGGCCGCGGGCGCACGGAGGAUCGUGCGAGCGCCGCACCUGCGGGCCCGGUUGUCGGGCUGUCGCAGCGCGGGGACCGCCCUACUAGGAGCUGUCGCUGACAUGAGUGCAGUGUCGGAGCCCCAGGCUGCUCACGCUCCCCUGGAGAAGCCAGCUAGCACUGCGAUCCUGUGCAGUACCUGUGGGAAUGUGUGCAAGGGUGAGGUGCUGCGUGUGCAGAACAAGUACUUCCACAUCAGGUGCUUCGUGUGCAAAGCGUGUGGCUGUGACCUGGCCGAGGGCGGCUUCUUCGUCCGACAGGGUGAACAUAUCUGCACACGUGACUACCAGCGGCUCUAUGGCACACGCUGCUUCAGCUGUGACCGCUUCAUUGAGGGGGAAGUGGUGUCAGCGCUUGGCAAGACCUACCACCCUGACUGCUUCGUGUGUGCUGUCUGCAGGCUGCCCUUUCCUCCUGGGGACCGCGUGACCUUCAACGGGAAGGAGUGUAUGUGCCAGAAGUGUUCCCCGCCCACGACACUGGGCAGCAGUGCUCACCUGGCCCAGGGCCUCCGGAGUUGUGGGGGCUGCGGCUUAGAAAUCAAGAACGGCCAGGCCCUGGUGGCUUUGGACAAGCACUGGCACCUGGGCUGCUUCAAGUGCAAGACUUGUGGGAAACUCCUCAACGCGGAGUACAUCAGCAAGGAUGGACUGCCCUACUGUGAGGCUGAUUACCACACCAAGUUCGGCAUCCGCUGCGAUGGCUGUGAGAAGUACAUCACGGGCCGCGUGCUGGAGGCCGGGGAGAAACACUACCACCCUUCAUGCGCGCUAUGCGUCAGGUGCGGCCAGAUGUUCUCAGAGGGAGAGGAGAUGUACCUGCAAGGCUCCUCUAUCUGGCACCCGGCAUGUCGACAAGCAGCCAGGACUGAAGAUAAGAGCAAGAUGCACAGCUCUGUUUGCAGCCAGCCCUACCCAGGCACCCUGCCCUGUGCCUUACAGGAAACCAGGAUGUCCUCGGAGAGCAUCGUCUCUGUGCCUGCAUCCAGCACGUCGGGGUCCCCAAGCCGUGUGAUCUAUGCAAAGCUUGGCGAUGAGAUCCUGGACUACAGGGACUUGGCUGCUCUUCCCAAAAGCAAAGCGAUCUAUAACAUUGACCGCCCCGACAUGAUCUCCUACUCACCCUACAUCAGCCACUCGGCCAUGGGGGACCGACAGAGCUAUGGCGAGUCACCUCAGUUGCUCUCACCAACGCCGACUGAGGGGGAUCAGGAUGAUCGGUCCUACAAGCAGUGCCGGACCUCCAGCCCCAGCUCUGCUGGCUCCGUCAGCCUCGGCCACUACACCCCAACAUCACGGUCACCCCAGCACUACAGUCGUCCAGCUGGUACUGUGAGUGUUGGUACCAGUAGCUGUCUGUCCCUGUCCCAACACCCAAGCCCUACAUCCGUGUUCAGACAUCAUUACAUCCCCUACUUCCGAGGCAGCGAAAGUGGCCGUAGCACCCCAAGUCUCUCGGUGCUCUCCGACAGCAGGCCUCCUUCCUCCACCUAUCAGCAGGCGCCGCGCCACUUCCACGUCCCAGACACUGGCGUAAAAGAUAACAUCUAUAGGAAACCCCCUAUCUACAAACAGCACGGUCCUGUAGUCCAGUCCCCACUGUCCAAGCUCUCUGACUUGGUGUCAGUUUUGUCCUUGGUGGUACAGGAGGCAGGGUGCUCCAAGAGACGGGCAGGGCUGAGCCCACCGCAGGCUGCAGCCGCCAGGCGAUUGGACGUGGAAGACAGCAGUUUUGACCAGGAUAGCAGGAAGAAGACCACCUGGCUGCUCCUCAAGGGGGAUGCAGACACCAGAACGAACUCUCCAGACCUGGACAGCCAAUCUCUGUCCCUCAGCAGCGGGGCUGAGCGAGAGCCUUUGCAAAGGAUGCCCGGGGACAGCCUCUACUCACGCUUCCCUUAUUCCAAACCUGACUCUCUCCCAGGACCCAGGAAGGAUGGCCUGGACCUCCGGAAUGCCAACGUGGCCCCUUGUGGAGCAGACCCGGAUGCCAGUUGGGGCACUCGAGAGUACAAGAUAUACCCAUAUGACUCCCUUAUUGUAACAAACCGAAUCCGUGUGAAACUGCCCAAAGAUGUGGACCGGACGCGGCUGGAGAGACACCUGUCACCUGAGGAGUUCCAAGAAGUGUUUGGGAUGAGCAUCGAGGAGUUUGACCGCCUGGCCCUGUGGAAGAGGAAUGAUCUCAAGAAGAAAGCCCUGCUGUUCUGAUAGCUGCCAGCCUCUUUCCAGGAGCCUGUUGGGGGGGGGGGUAGAGCUGAGGGACCCCACUGGCCUCCCCGAAAAUCUCCUUCUGCACUUUGCCCUGCUUCUCUGUGUCAGCGGGGCAGGCGGGGUGCCCGUGGGAGGCGGGGCGCGGCCAGGCCCCCCGAGGAGCGUCCAGCAGGCAUGGUCCCUUGUGUAGCAAGGAUGCUCCCGCCCCGUAGUUUAGGGCCAGGUACCACCUUGACCCACUCCUUCCCGUCACAACUUGGCAUCAGGGCCGUGCUGUGGCCAGCUAUCCUAGGAGAUGGGCCAGAGCAUUCAGGCAGCCCAGCACCCCCACACCCCCAGAGCACCCGGUGUGCCCACACCUGUGCUGGGCAGUUGGGCACAGACCGUCUGGGAGGUGGGUGAAAGGUUUGUCCGUGGCAGACCCUGACACGGCAGGGGUGGUGCGUGAGGCUCCUCGGAGCAUGAGCAGUAGGCAGGCAGGCUGAGGCAGGGGAGCCAGACCCAUGGCUGAGAGGCAGCGGGACUGUGAUUUUUGCAGUUAUUGUGAAGGAUCUUUUCUGGGGAAUGGAUGUUGACCUGACAGGGUGCCCCCCCACCACACACUAGUGCUCUGUGUACUGUGCUCUUCCAAAUCACCGCCCCCUUAGUUGCCUAAAUGAUAUCUUUCAAGUUACACAGAAGUUUUUAUUUUAUUAAAAAUAUCGCUUCCUUACACAUAAGAAGACAUAUAUGCAGAGUUUAGUUUUCCGGUCCCUCAGAAGGGGAGCGCCUCCGCCUUACACCCCCACCGUGCGGGCCUCUGUGCUUCCAGUCCUCAGCGUUCCUCAGAGACAGUAGCCCAUCUGUUGCCCUUCGUCCCUGCCCUUUGUAUGUGUCACACAGACCGCCUCGAAGACAGACUCGCUCAGUAGUGCCGUUUGUAAAUACAUGUGAAGUGUAUCGUCUCCUUUUUCCUCACUGUCAUUUUCCUAAGUCUCAAAGAGAAGAGCGCCCCCUGAUGGCCAAAGCCCUGGAAUAAAGGUUUCCCCACUGUGGCCCAGUCUCACAGGGACCUGACCAGUCUUCUUCCUAAAGACACUCACUGUAGCCGCCCCACGACACAAAACACGCAUGCACAGGGUCCAUGCUGCCACACGCAGCCCCCACCGACACCGGCACCGAGUGCUGCAGGGGGCGCUGAGUAGAGGUGGUGCCUCUCCCGACCUGGGUGUCUGGAAGUGGGAGCUAACUGGAGCCCUGGUGACAGAUACAAAAGAGCAUGCCUGCCACAGGAUGUGUGGGCACUGUAGCCCCGGGCGACUCUAGCUGUCCCCUCCUCUGGGCCGUCCUUCUCACUUCCUCACAUCCCAGCACAUGUUGAGUCUUGUUUUGUGCUGGAGUUCUCACCAGCCUGGCUAGGCCACGGAGGGGAACUUUUGGUACUGAAUCUACUUCCUGCCCCUUAGCUGUCUGGACCUGCGCAACUGGAAACCCCCACCUCCUCACUCACGAGGUGUCAUGUCCUAUUUGCUUCCUGGGACACCUGGGGAAAUAAAUGGUGACACACUA